UUCAGUGCUUGACUGUCCUCCCAUGUUUUGCUAAUUCGCUUUUUGUUGUUUUUGCAAAAAAUGCCUGAAAUCCCUGGAUUUCACGUACGAAAUCGCGUGUCACAGAGCUUGGUUGGUGCUUGGAGAAACAAGUUAGAAUUCCGGGCAGUGUUUGAGGGAAUUUAUGGGAGAAACUCAAAUGACGCCUCAAAAAGGAAAUCCCUGAGCAGGAUGAAGAUGUGGAGAGGUCGCUUGAUGUCUCAGACACCGGCCAGCAUAAUGGCAACACUCUCAGUGCUGGAAGUGAGUGUGAAGGACGCAGAAUCGGGGAUUUCUGCGCGGGAUUUAAGGACGAUAUACUCCACGGCGAUUGUGCGCUUCCUGAACUACAUUCAUUCCACUACGAGGAGCUCGAAGUCGCUGUACAGCGUGGCGAAGGAGUUGGGAUUGGCCUCGUACGUGGUUGAUCUCAGACAUCUCUGUUCUCACGGACAAACCAUGCCUUCUCUGAAGACUUUUCGGCAGGUGUUCAGCUACUGCCUGCAGUGGCUCAAAUCCUUCUACUGGGAGCCGCAGCUGAGGGUGAUGCAGGAUGCCAAGAUUGCGGACGUGAAGAGGAACAACAAGACUGUGUUUGAAAACAAUCUGCGAACGCUCUUUAUCACUUAUGACGGCAUAACUGAGGGAUUGCGGAAGAAGAAGGAGUAUCUGGGCGAAAUUUGUGAUGAAAAUGCCUCACGAGAGUUCCUCAAUUGCGUGGGAAACGCGUCACCUGACUACAAGCUAUCUAAUUUGGUAAAGGACAUUCUGGAGAGCAUCUUUAACGCCGUCAGUGCUGAGCAGCAAGUGCGAGAAAUCGCUCAACUCUUCACAGAAGCCUUCAUUGACUGUGACAACCUCAUAAAAUCCCCCGCAAUUGCUGCUAAAGAGGAGGAGGACAGUGUCAGCGUCACUGAAAUCCAUCAAAUGCUGUUUCGCAAGAUCGCCGACUGGGGUUUCACACCACAAUGCCUCAUAGCUCUGCUGGAGAUCGCAGAGAAUCCUCAGGAGAAUGAGAAGAGGCGUUCUGGGACGGCUUUCUGGUGUCAGCGCCUCAUUGAGAGCUUCCUGGCCUUUCAGGAGUUGAAGAGAGUCUACAAGAAGAAUCGCGACGCUGAUCCAACAAUCUCGUUGGAUUUCUCCUCCAUCAACAGCCAUAGUGUCCAGAGAGUCGUCAUGGAAGCGUACAAAGAGAUGGGAAUCGAUACAGAGACAUCACUGAUAUUCAGCGAUUCGCAUCGUCGGCCGUGGAGUUUGAGAUUCAGCAGGGAUUUCCUCAAGAAAAGGGCCUUGGCGGCCUCAGAAGUCACUGUCAAGGUUCUCGAGAUCUGUCUUCAGCUCGCUGAUCCGCCUCUGGAGGCGCAGGAACUGGAUAAAUUCGCGACUAUGGCGAAGCGAGUGUUCUCAGUGGCAGAAUCUCAGCUUCCGUCGUCGCAGGAGAAGAUCUACACGCUGGAGGACGUGCUGGGGAAGUGUCCCAACGAGAAGGCAGAGAGCCAAGGUAUGGGAAUCUGGAGUGAGACGCAUCCGGAGAUUAAUUGGGGCGCUUGUCCGCUUGGUAGUGUUCCAUUCCAGCAGGUCUAAUUUCACUUUUAGCA